CUUUCCCAUCUCUCCCCGGCGCGAUCGACGAGACGCCUCUUCCGCCCGCCCUUCCAAGAUCCUCCACCUACGGUUACCUCCUUGCCGACCUCCACCACCGGAACAGCCUGUCAAACUUCCUGGGAAUCUGCUCAUUGUCGUGUUCAGGUUCAGUUCCGGGAGGGAAUAUUGAAUUUGACGUGGUCUCUAUACCUAGAAAUCUCCUCUGAAGAGGAAUCCUGUGCCACAAUAUAUGGAUCUAAUUGGGGUUUCUUCUCCAGAAGCUUAUAGUUUGCUAUUGUUUGUUGUCGAAGCUCAUUACUUCUAAAUGACAGUUGCGUGAUUGCCCGAGAAAGACGCCAUGUUUUGGUAUCUGCUAUAAGCAUGUUGAUCCAGCAGAAACAACUGUUGACAGAGAUAUAAGUGGGGUCAAAGUUGGAUCAUGGAUGAAUACUCAUGUCCAUGCAGAUCAUGUCGCAAUAACAGGCUUGAUAUAAAAGAAACUUGGAAUAUGCUUAUACACAAUACAUCAUGCAUUUGGUGCAGUAGCUGAUCACAUGAUCGAACAUGGUUUUGAAACAUACUCUGGGGUUCUUCUUCUGAAGCAUGAAGAAGAUUCCAUGCGUAGAAGUGAGAGGAAAGGGAGGAAAACUCUAUGGGAAGGAAGAAGUUAUCACACAUCACUUAUUCGAUUUUUUGGACUUUAUGGGAAUUCUAUUCUCCAAAUGUCUCUGGCCACACCACCACCAUGGAAUUCUUCUACCUUAAACGCCAUUCUCCGUUAUAAGUAGCAGCCAGGCAAGUGCCUCAAACAUAUCAGCUUACACAAAGUUAUAGUGGUGAGCUUAGAGCAAAGCAAAACUCCAAACUUAAGUGUCAAGUGUCCAUACGCAAAUAUCCUUUAGAGAUGUCAUCUGGUGCAGUGAGCUCAUCCUGGACCGAAGAGCAGAACAAGAUGUUUGAGGAUGCCCUUGCGAAGUAUGACAAGGACACACCGGAUCGCUGGAACAAAGUUGCUCGAGCUGUGAGGGGGAAGACUGUUGAGGAAGUGAAGCGCCACUAUGAGCUGCUUGUCGAGGACAUCGGGCGCAUCGAGAACGGUCACAUGCCCUAUGGGAAGUAUCUCUCGACUAGCCGCAGGGCAGGUUGAAGUAUUUGAGUCAUGGAGGCAAUAAGGAAUGCAUUACUCUCUCCUUGCAGAUCCACUUCAAGAAACAGAUAUAUUAUGAUUAGCAUAUCACUUAUCUUUUAUAAUCCUCACUUCUCUUCAUCUUCCAUUGUACCUUCCCUUGUCCUUCAUUGGCCCAUCAACUGUAGUCUCAUAUGUGUAUAUAGGAUUGAUAUAUUGUAGCUUGCUGCCUAGUCUUGUUCCUGGUGUGUCUAUUUCUUCAUGAAGUUAAAUAUAAUUCUGUUUGGUAAUAUCUGUAA